AUGGCCCGCAAGUACACCCAUCAGCGAGUGAGCUAUGUUCUCCCUCUACCAAAUGCAUCGGGCGGCCAUCGCUUAGGUGUCAACGGUCUUGCGGUCGACUCCGAACAUCGCAUCUUAUACUCCGCAGGUCGCGAUGGUGUCAUUUGCUCCUGGGACUUCAACACCUCGCCCUCCAAGACUACUCCCGCGACAACCCGUAGAGACCAGGUCCAGGCGCACAGUCACUGGAUCAACGAUAUCGUCCUCACCCGAAAUAAUUCCGCUUUAGUUUCGGCAUCAUCAGACACAACCGUAAGGGUAUGGCGACCGUUAUCGGAGACGAAAGAACUCCCAAUCUCCAUCGGCCGACAUGCGGACUACGUCAAGUGCCUGGCGCUUCCCGAUCAGCACUCCAACUGGGUAGCAUCCGGCGGUCUCGAUCAAAAAGUCUUUCUCUGGGACUUGGAGGGCAAAGGCGAAAUACUCAAGAUUGACAAUUGUGGUGAUGAGGUUACCGAGAAGGGCUCUGUGUAUGCCCUGGGAACGGGCGGCUCUGUGUUAGCAACGGGCGGCCCGGAGUCUGUUGUUCGCGUGUGGGAUCCCAAAUCAGGGAAGCUCAUUACCAAAUUUGUUGGACAUACCGAUAACAUCAGAGACAUUCUGAUCAAUAAAGAUGGAGACACCAUCAUGACGGCAUCCUCCGAUCAAACGAUCAAAGUUUGGUCGUUGACUGCAGGUCGAUGCUCGCAUACGUUGACUAUGCAUAACGAUAGCGUCUGGUCACUCUACUCGGACCACCCUCAGCUGUCAGUCUUUUACUCUAGCGACAGAUCAGGUCUCGUCGCAAAGACAGAUACCAGGAACGUAUCGGACAUUGACCAGGGAACAUCAAUUGCCGCUCUUCAAGAACAUGAAGGCGUAGUCAAGGUCGUGGCAGCCUGUGACUCUAUUUGGACCGCGACGCCAAAAUCCAGCAUCAACAGGUGGAACGAUGUUGAUACCACAGCAGAAAUAGACUAUCCGAACACGGCAGCACGACGGUCUAGUACUGGACUGGCUGCGGAGUCUCCCUCAGAGACACCUGGGAAGGAGACUGUUCCUAGCACCGCAGAGCUGACGAAGAAGAAGAUCCCUCAAAAUUCGAUUCUUCUCCUUUCAAACAUGUCAAUCUUUCCAAAACUCGAUCCUGAGCGAGCCACCAUCUAUUCAUCCGUGAGUGGCCGAAAGCCAGCAGAGAUAAUUACCAAUGAGGAGCUCGGAGAAAUGUUGCCCGUCUAUUUUGUUCCCCAGGAGACUAUCGAAGGUCAACUUGGAGUUAUCAAACAUUUGAUGUUGAAUGAUAGGAAGCGCACGUUGACCCAGGAUACAGCUGGAGAAGUGCUGUUGUGGGAUCUAUUAAAAUGCGUUCCGAUUCAAAGCUUUGGAAAGCGCCAUAUAGACGACGUUGCGUCAGAGAUCAAUACAGUGGAGAGUAUAGCACAUUGGUGUACCCUCGAUAUCCGGACAGGUCGUUUGUCUGUCAUUUUAGAACCGAAUCGCUGCUUUGAUGCUGAGGUUUACGCUGAUGAAGUUGAACUCACGAACGGCGAAGAAUAUACGUCAGACCAAAGGAUAAACCUCGGUAAAUGGAUUCUGCGUUGGCUUUUCAAUGACCUAAUAGAGGAGGAGAUUAGGCGAGAUGCAGUUCAGAGACAAACAAUUGCAGCAAAAGCAGCAGAAAAUCAAGCUUUACGUGCCAAUGCGCCAGGCUCAAUUGACUUACCUCCAAGAACGCCAGGAUCUCAGGCUGUCGUAGAUGGCUCGACGGUAACGCCACGUGUGACAAACGGAGUGCAUAAUCCUAUUACACCCGGUCUCAACAUUGGCCUUGCAACUCCAGGCGUUACAUCAUACGCCUCCCCACUUCCUCCAACUGAAGAAGAAGGCUCAAGCACAAGGUUGAGCCACGAAUUAGCCCGGCCUCCAUCAUCUAACAAAUCAAACGACUACUUCUCCAGCAGCCACUAUAUCGAGGCGGAGAAGCCUCCUCAACCAGAGGAGCAAACACCCACAGCUAUCCCCCAGUCUCCAGCUGAACCCGAAAAGGAGGAAAAGAAGAAAGCAUCGUUGUUCGGGAAAAAGUUCAGAAUGGAGUUUCCUAAGAAGCUAGGACGGACGUCAUCCGAAGCGAAAACAUCAGCGCCGGAGGAAAAACCAGAAGAGUCAGAUAAAUCGUCUGAGAAGGAGGAGAAAUCUUUUGAAUCAAAUCUUUACGGGGUUAUUGACCGCAUACGCCACGAGUACGAAAAUUUUCUUGUGCGCCAUCCUGGAUCACCAUUGAGCUCAGGAAUCACUCCUAGCUCCAAAAGCGAAACUCCCGCACUGAACAUUCCUGCCGACACGGAUAUUUUGAUACAAGAAGAAACCGGUGACACGGCUGUGGCUGCAGACUUGUAUCGAGGGUCGGUUGGCAGUAUACGCGAGGAAAUUGAUAAGCUUGAGAAAACAGUUCCGCACUGGCUCGGAGAGCUGUUAUUGAAGAACCAAGCUCCGGCUAAGGAAGUCGUAAAGGUGGCUUUCAUCCUCAAGCCAUACGACGACCAGUUGCCGCCAGUGAGCAAGCUUGAAGGAGGAAUGGACAGUAGCAGCUCUAGGCUGAAUGCGAACCGCAUGCUUCGAGCCAAGAAGGUUCUCUCUUACAUUGCUGAGCGAAUUGMCCCAGCCAMCCCAGCCGAUCCAGAUCCAAAUCCGAUGCAACCAGAGGAAUAUCUAGAGCUAUAUUGCCAAAACACUCUGGUCCCUAUCAAUAUGACCCUAGCCACCAUCAAGACACACAUCUGGCGAACAGGCGGAGACAUGAUCUUAUUCUAUAAAGCGAACGGCAAGAAGGUGAUUCGACCACCAAUUACUGAGCAAGAGACGACAGAUGCUUUCGCACCGCCGGUUGAUGACAAUAACUUGCACGACAAUAUGUCCAGCUCUCAUGCUUCGAACUCUAUCUCGGAUGGGGCGCCUUGA